AUGGAGUAUGAUAACGUUUUCCUGAGUGUUGCACAAAGCUGUGACAAUGGAGUACAGGGAUUACUAGACGCCUUUUUCGGCUUCCUUUCUAGACGAACAGAUUUUUAUUAUGGAGCUACUGAAAAAGACGCAAAACGUUUAGUUCUUGAAAAUUUUGCAAAACACCGCGAUGCUGCCUUAGCACGUCGUGAAGAAGAGAAGAAAGAAUUACAUGAGCGAGAUGAACGCGAACGUAAACGAAGAGAAGAAAAAAAGAAAGAAGCCAUUAAGGCGAAUCUUGCCCCUCCAAAGGAGUUAAGCAAAACUGAUAAUUUAAAUGGUACAAGUGAAGAGCCGUCAAACAUACCUACACUACCACAAACAGAAACAAAGCCAUCACUUGAGAAAAGUGAUUUGCCUAAACCAAUCAAAGUUGGUUCUUCUCCUGAUGAUGAUGAAGAUGAGGAGGAUAAGGGAAAAUUAAAACCGAAUGAAGGAAAUGGUGCAGAUUUGCCAAAUUAUAGCUGGACUCAGACAUUGAGUGAUGUUGAUAUUAAAAUUCCAACACGCUUACCACAUUCCAUUAAAUCUCGCGAUGUCUAUGUUGAAAUUGCCAGAAAACACAUCAAAAUUGGCUUAAAGAAUCAGGAACCAAUUUUAGCUGGGAAUUUGUAUAAUGAAAUUAAGGUUGAAGAAUGUGUAUGGAGUCUCGUGGAUGGAAUCACAAUACUUGUCCACUUAGAGAAAUGUAAUAAAAUGGAAUGGUGGAGUCGUAUUUGUGAUGGUGAACCAGAAAUGAAUACACGUAAAGUUCAACCGGAAAAUUCCAAACUCUCUGAUUUAGACGGUGAAACUCGAUCUAUGGUUGAAAAAAUGAUGUAUGAUCAACGUCAAAAAGAACUUGGUCUACCAACAUCGGAAGAUCAAAAGAAACAAGAAAUGUUGAAAAAGUUUAUGGCUGCUCAUCCUGAAAUGGAUUUUUCUAAAUGUAAAUUUUCUUAA